AUGGCUCAAGCUGCGCCGUUGGCCGACCGAGGCCCUUCUCUUGCUUCGAACAAUCCCUUCCGAAAUCGGGUCUCCGAUCAUGCCACCAGCCCUCCGCUCGCGCCUAUCAGACCGGUUUCGACCAAUCCAUUUCUGGAUGCAAGUGAGAUGAUAUUGCCAGAUGGGACUACCAGGACGUCGCCUACCGCUGAAAGUGCAGCAAGCCCAUCGAGCAUCACAGAUCAAGCUGCCGACAUAUUUGGAAGCCUGAACAUCAAUGAUUCUUCGAAAGGGCCUCAGAACCCUCAGGCAAACGGUGCACCUCGGCCAUUUCCACGAGGCCCUCCCAACCGCCAUCGACCCAGCAACUCGGAUGAAGACCGUCGACGACAGCAACCUAAGGGUCGAGGUCCAUCGAAUGAACUUGACAUCUUUGCGGACCCCCCUGAAAUGAAUCGCCCCCGUAACAGACGUCCUCAUCGACGUAACUCGGAGUCUUCUAUUCGUGAGAAACCAAAGGAUAUGGAUCCUGAAGCUGAAAAGAGACGAAGGGAAAGAAGACUUCGGGAAGGAAGAAGCUCACACCGAUCAAAGAAACCCAGUGCAAAGUUGGAUGUAAUCGAUAAACUGGAUGUCACGAGCAUCUAUGGCACGGGAUUGUUCCAUCAUGACGGCCCCUUCGAUGCGUGCAACCCACAUCGUAACCGUAAAGGUUCCAAGCAGGCCCCGAUGCAAGCGUUCCCGAAAGAUUCAGUAAACAUGCAGCUUGGCGGCUCAGGCCCACUUAAUUCCAAACUCAACCUGGAUCAAUACAACGGAACCGGGCAAGAGGCACACGUCGACUAUAAUGAAGCCGCCGUUGUGGACGACGACGCGGAUUAUUUCCGUCGACCACAGCCUGAAAGAAGUGCUGGGUUCAACCCCACCACUCGAACUGAACCGGUUCAUGGCGACGAGACUGCCGGCCUUGGUACGAGCACAUUUCUAGAGGGGACUCCAGCCAGCCGAGCUGCAAUCCAACGUCGAGAAAUUGAAGUAGAGGCCAUUCAGCAAGCCAAUGCGGCUGGACUGUCGCGCAAGAAGAGUUUGGCACAGAGAAUCAAGUCUGUCCGUCCUAAAAUCGGUGAAGGAGGACGGAUGACCUCUCCUGAACCGACGGUCACUCCGACUAGCCCCCUGGGCACAAGCAAAUCGGAGCAAAAUAACACCAACCCAUUCUUCAAGGACUACGACAAAGAAUACGAGAAGAAAGGUGCCCAGAUUGCAUUUGCGGAGGAACAGCAAAAAGCUGGUCGAUCUCGAGCCCCGAGCAGCCCCAAACGUGGCUUUGGACCGGAAAGGAGAUUGACGGCAGAGAGCGCCACUGGCGAAGAAGGCAAGACUGGAACCUCUGCAGGGGGCUUCCUCAGUCGAGUCAAGAGCAUGAAGGGCCGGAGCCGAACUCGUGAACGAAGGAACACUGAAACCUCUUAA